AUGCAAGAUAUCCGCGCUAUCAACAGCGACUUCCGCGCUUUCGUGGACAACCCUGGCAUCAACGUCUUGCUCUUCAAACCCGUGGCAGAUCGAGAAAGACGGAGGCUUCGGGCGGAGGUGUCUGAAGUGACGAGCUUUCCAGAGGGCAUGGAUCUGUUAAUCGCUUAUCGCCGCUUCCUUGCCCGGCGUGGCCGGUGGAACAGGCCUGAAUGCCAAGAAUGGACGAAUCGUAUCCUUGCGCAACGAUGGAUGCAAGCACGCUUACGCUCUCGAGAAGUGGAUUGGAGCCCGGAUGUCGAGCGCUGGCAUCUUGAUUGGAUCCUAUUUCUGCUUCGUGUGCUCUUGAGCCUCUAUUUGCAACUACGCCGCCCCGGGCAUCGUCUCUGGAAUGACAUACCACAAUUUACAGAUCUAGCCCAUUUCAAGCAGUUUGUGGUGGCUAGAGGAUCCCUUCCCCCUCGGUGGUUGCUUGAAUGCGUUCGCACAACUAGUGCCAACAAUGGAUCACCGCAAGCUACACUGAACCUUCUGACGAAUUGGUUCGUUCUGAUUGCACAUGGGCAAUUGCAAUGGUUGAAAGGGCGACAAGCCCCCUCACGCACCCUCCUGCCGUCUGUGUUGGCAGUGACGAGAGUCAGCUAUAUCGGUCGUAACACCCUUGUCGGGAUGGCGGCAGGCCACGGCUUACGUCCGGAUCGUCGGGUUAGGGCGGUGGCGGCUGGAGAUCUGCAGCGAAUCCUCGGAAUACCCGACAUCCCAGGCUUUGGACCCGCCGAGUACGAUGUGGAAGCAUGUUAUUGUAUUCGUACACCCCCGACCUACGACCGACUUCAAAGUGCUCUUCGUGGUGAAGAUGCACCAUUGAAGCGUCAGCAACAAAGCUGGAUCCUAGAGCAGAUGUAUGUGUUUUGA